CGCACGACCACGACGACAGCCUCGACAACGGCCCCAUCACUACUCCCGACCAUCCCCACGUCACCGCCACCACCAGCAUCACCGAACCACCCCCGCGACCGUCACUAUGGCCAACUACCUCGCGUCCAUCUUCGGCACGGAGCAAGACAAGGUCAACUGCAGUUUCUACUACAAGAUCGGCGCGUGCCGCCACGGCGACCGCUGCUCGCGCAAACACGUCAAGCCGUCGUACUCGCAGACAAUCCUCCUGCCCAACCUGUACCAGAACCCGGCCUACGACCCCAAGAACAAAAUGAACCCGCAGCAGAUGCAGAUGCACUUUGACGCCUUCUACGAGGACAUCUGGUGCGAGCUGUGCCAGUACGGCCUGGUCGAGGAGCUCGUCGUAUGCGAUAACAACAACGACCAUCUCAUCGGCAACGUCUACGUGCGCUUCAAGUACGAAGAGGACGCGCAAAAAGCCUGCGACGUGCUCAACUCGCGCUGGUACGCCGGCCGCCCCAUCUACUGCGAACUGUCCCCCGUCACAGACUUCCGCGAGGCCUGCUGUCGUCUUAACUCCGGCGAGGGCUGUGUCCGCGGCGGCUUCUGCAACUUCAUCCAUCGCAAGGAACCCACCGCUGAGCUCGACCGCGAACUCGAUAUGUGCACGCGCAAGUGGCUGCACGAGCGCGGCCGCGACGCAAGGAGCAUGAGCAAGAGCCCCACGCCGCCGCCUGCGGGAGGUGCCGCUAAGCGCUUCUAGACGCUUGUUGACAUGUUGGAGGUGCAUUGGCUAUGAAAAGCAGGGACAUGGUGCAUGGCAGGACGUCGAGCGGGCGCUGGACCCGCGGUGCACUCCAGCCGAGCCAGAGUUAUCUGCGCGACGAUCCAUGUGCAUGUGGCAGAGAGAGAGAAAGAGCUUGAACAGAGCAUAAAUUGGCGUAUGGCGUUGACAGCGACUGACUGAUACCUUUUGUGCGCGUGGCGCACACAGCAGGAUUGUACUUGUACUUGUACGCGGACCCCCGAGUCGCUAAUGCAUGUACGUAUAUAUGUAUGGACAUGUAUUGGGUACACGGCAAAAAAGCGUCUUGAUUCCCGACCUUCUGCCCCCCAAAAUUUGAUCGUGUAACGUGAUAUGAUGAACUCAUAAACUAUCCAUUCACCGCUUGGAUCUUGCUAUAUACGUAUGUAUGCAUAGCGCAGCCUUGCUCGCAUUCAUUCAAUC